UAAGUCUUGUUGAACACCACUCAUAAACUCAUUUGAAACGAAACAGUAGGCCUGAUCUAACGUGUUCAUUCAUACUGGGCCUAUUCAGUAGUCAAGGAUUGAAAAAUGAGAGAAUUCUUGUUUUUCGCAUUGCUUAUUUUGUUCUUCAGCAGCUAUUCAGAUGCUCGAAGAUCCGGAGGUAGUGGUAAAAUUAGGUAUCCAACUCGAAUCAGGUAUACUCCUACAAUUACUUCCUACUAUCGAAACAGAGUUUUCAAAUGUUAUUCGUGUGAUGACGCCCAUCUUUGCGCCAUCAACCCAACAGUAUAUGCAAAGGCAGUCCUUUGUCCAAAGGGUCACUUGUGCAGCGUUAUUCGCAGAGAAAUACCAGGUGUAAAAAAUUGCAUGAAUGCAUUAUUAAUGAUUAAAAGUUCCGGGAUAAAGACAGCAGGUCAGUCAUCAACAUCUACUAGUUCGACUAGCCAAGUGUCCAUUUGGCGCGGUUGCAAAUCACCCGUCUCCGAGGAGAUGACGCACAACUUAAACGGUUAUAUGAUCCACAAGCAUUUCUGUGCGAAAGAUCUGUGUAAUCACGGUGACGGACUUCUCAGAUGCUACGAAUGUAAUGGCGUAGGAAUAAACGACAAAUGCAUGGUAGAUCCCUCAGCCGUUGCAAAACAGGUGAUAUGUGCUCCAAACGAGACUUGUUACGUGAAACGAUCGACGAUAGACGAGAAUUCCGUAGUUCCAUCUAAUGGCGGACAAUGGGUUUCACGAGGUUGCAUUGUUUCGGAUGUCGUUGGAUUAAUGAAAUAUAGAUCAAACGAUAGCGUCAAUGUGUUCUGUCGAAUCGGUGAUUUGUGCAACAGGAUGGAUGCCCUAAAGAUAACAGUUGAUUCUACUUCAGAAUUACGUAGUUCGUUAACAAGUCUCGGUCUGACCUUCCUUUUGACUCUGCUCUUAUGAUUCUAAGCUGAUGGGAAAAUUGUGUGCCCAAAUAUUGUCAGACUGGUUGUAUUUAAACAAGCACAAACGAAUACAACAAGUGAUGACUUAAA